CGUAUCGUCGAGAUCUUCAUCAAUUAAAUUAAAUUUGUAUCUCUAAUUGCAAAAAAAAGAAAAAUAAAUGGUACCUACUGAAAUAACUGGUUCAUCACCACAACCGCGUAUUUCAUGGGAAAGUUAAUUUUGUCUUGCGUCAGCACUACUAUAGUUGUGGGUGUUGAUGCUAUGGUUGGUUUGUGUGCUACACUUUAUUAAUGUGUUAAACUGCACAGCACUCUGUUUAAAUAUUAGUUGUCGGGACGGAAAAAAAAAUGCGCGCCAAUACAUUUCCUAUAAUUAUGUUAAAAUGGUGCCGUGUGCCUCUUGUAGUUCGCCUUUGACGCAAAUUAUUUUUUAUAAAUAAUUGCAUACAUUGAUCAUUAUUCCAAGUAACAAAAAUAAAUUAGCAUUUGAAGUAAACAACUUUAAUGAUAAUUACUAGAAUGAGGAAGUUGCAUACAUUUUUGUUUCCAUGGAAAAUGUAUUUAAAUUAUAGGUAAAUAGUCUAGAAGUCUGUUUCUGUAAGUAAAACUUGUUUAAAAUAAAUACCUAGAAAGUAAUUAAUAAUAGAAAAUUAUCAAAAUAUUGAAUUUAUGAAUCCUAGCGAAAACGCUCUGUAAUUGGUCAGUAAUUCGUGACGUCAGGAUCCGGUACUUGUCAGACGUGAACGAAGGCUGCUGUUAUUAAUCUCGAUUCUCGUGUUGUUUACGCCGUAAUAUUCGCUUGUGUUUGUUAAUUUCUAAACUUUUGUUAAUUUGAAUAACUUACUUUACUUGGUACAUUCAUAAUGGCUUCAGGAUCAGAACCGCAAAAAAGAGUUCCUGAACAUAAAUAUUAUAAAUGCUGUUUAGUGCCCAUGUGUAGUUCCAUAACAAUAACUUGCCCUAACAAAUUAUUUGUUAAUGUGCCAAAAGAUGAAAAAGUGAGGAAAAAAUGUUGCUUAGCAAUGAAAAGGGAUCUGAAGAGAAGUCCAAUUAGUGGAAAAUCUACUUUACAUAUUUGUGAAGAAUAUUUUAAUGUAAGUGAGGUUAUCGAUGAAUAUUUAAAUUUUUAACCUUUAUUUAAGUAAAAAUUUAAAUACAGUUUCUAUGCACUGAUUAAACCUGUUCUUACUAAUUUCGUUUAAUUGAUAUAUUUUUUUUAAUUUCAGUUGGUGCAAGACAUGGAAAAUUAUAUGCAAUAUAAGUUAAUGGGCCUUCAAGUAAAAAAUCUGAAGUGGAAAGCAGGGGUGAUUCCACAUAUAUUUACGCGCCAGAUAACAAAACAAACGCCACCUCAAGAAAGACACCUUCCUGAAAAAAGAAGACGUCUUCAACUCGUAAUGGAAGCAGAGGUAGAAGCUGCUGGGCCAUCCUCGUCCACUGAAACUAAAGAUAAAGUAGAGGAGGCUGAAGAAAUUGAUACUGUAGAAACUACUGUAGUUCCAGCUGGUACUGUUGAAUCCGUUUCCCAAACCAUAGAUAAAGCCAUACAAGUAAACCUACGGUCAAAAUUUCGAAGUAAGGCAACUACCACAGAGCAGCAAGUAUGUACUUCUAUAGGUGUGUCACCAUAAAACUAUCAGCUAUAUCAGUUGGAACAUCUCCAUUAAAAUCCCACAGUUUAGUGAAAACAGUGUCUUUUGCUGAGAGUACGGCUUCCUCUCUCAUAGAGGAAGAUAGUGAAUAUAAUUUAAGUGGAAUUAGUUCAAGUUCUAUGGAGUUUAUAAGAGAAUUACAGGAAACUGAGUUUAAGCAACACAUGCUAAAAGGAACAAUAUGGAGUAUUGAAGGAGACCCUAAACUAUACCUAGGCUUACCAGUAGAAAGUUAUCAUUUAAUAAAGAUGUUGGCUACAAAAGCUUCACUACCCUUAACAGAUAUAUUCAUAACGUUGAAAAAGAUACGUUUAAAUUAUUCAUUUGCCAUCUUAGCAAAAGAUUUUGGUAUGUCAAUAAGCAAUUCAAGUAGGAUUUUUGCUAAAAGUGUUAUGAUAUUAUCUAAAUUCCUACAACAGUUAAUAUAUUGGCCAGAUAUCAAAAACAUUCGAUACCAUUUACCUAUUCCAUUCAGAGCGAGGUAUGGAAAAGCAGUUUCAGUCAUUGAUUGUUUGGAAAUUCAAAUAGAGAAACCUAGUAAUCCAGUACAUCAGGCAUUAACAUGGUCCGAAUACAAGAAGGGGAAUACUAUAAAAUAUCUAAUAUCCUGUACACCAGAUGGACUAAUUUUAUUCAUUUCGAAAGGCUAUGGGGGAAGAGCUUCAGAUGUUAUUAUCUUGGAAGAUUCUGGAUAUGUUGAACAUCUACAGCCUGGGGUAGCAGUAAUGGCAGAUAGAGGAUUUAAAAAUAUUACAAACAUAUUACAACAAAAAAUUGUAUACUUAUAAGGCCACCUUCAGUAUCUGCUGCAACUCCAAGUUCUCCUUAUGAAGUGAAACAAUCUAAACAGAUCGCUGCAUUAAGGGUGCAUGUAGAAAGAGUUAUAGGAAGACUACGGGAGUUCAACAUGCUGCUACCAAAUGCUUGUAUUGAUAAUCAUUUAAUUUCUAUAAUGGACCAUGUGAUAGUAUGUGCUUG